AUGCUUACAAGUCCCAAGCCACGUGAUCAGCAUACUUACAAGCCCAAGCCACGUGAUGCAUACCUUACAGAGUCCAAGCCCCGUGAAUCGCAUACUUACAAGUCAAGCCACGUGAUCGCGAUACUUACAAGUCGCACAGCCACGUUGAUCGCAUACUUUACAAGUCGCAAGCCACUGAUUCGCAUACUACAAGAGUCCAAGCCACGUGAUCGCAUACUUACAAGGCCAAGCCACGUGAUCGCAUACUUACAAGUCCAAGCCACGUGGAUCGCAUAUCUUACAAGCCCAAGCCACCAUCAGCAACAACUUCAGCAUCACCAACAUCUUCAGCAUCAGCAAGAAAUUCAGCAUCAACAACGUCAGCACCAGCAACUUCAGCAUCAGCAACAAAUCCAGCAUCAAGUCAGCUUCAUCAACUUCAGCAGCAACGUCAGCACCAGCAGCAACUUCACAUCACCAACAUCAUCAGCAUCAGCAAAGUCAGCAGCAGCAACGUCAGCAUCAACAACUUCAGCAUCAACACCAUCAGCAUCAUCAACAACGUCAGCACCAGCAGCAACUUCAGGAUCAUCAAGUCAGCUUUCAUCAAACUCAGCAUCACCAACGUCAGCAUCAGCAGGCAACGUCAGCAUCAACAACUUCAGCAUCACCAACUUCAGCAUCACAACAACUUCAGCAUCACCAACAACCUCAGCAUCAACCAACAACUUAGCAUCAACAACGUUAGCACCAGCACUUCAGCAUCAGCAACAGCUCAGCAUCAAGUCAGCUUCAUCAACUUCAGCAUCAACGUCAGCACCAGCAGCAACGUCAGCAUCAACAACUUCAGCAUCACCAACAUCAUCACAUCAACGUCAGCCAUCACCCAACAUCAUCAGCAUCACCAACAUCAUCAGCAUCACCAACAACGUCAGCAUCACCAAAUCAUCAGCAUCACACAACAACGUCAGCAUCACCAGCAGACGCCAGCAGCAGCAACGUCAGCAUCAACAACUUCAGCAUCAGCAAAACUUCACAUCACCAACAUUCAUCAGCACCACCAACACGUCAAGCAUCAGCAGCAACGUAGCACCAACCAUCACGCAUCAGCAGCAACGUCAGCACCAGCAAGGAGGCGCGGUGAGCAAACAAGCCUUAAUUCGAUUUGGAUGUUUAGAGAACGUAGAAAUGCUGCUACGGAAAAACGACAGCCCUGUGCCAAGCCUACAUGCUCUGGCUUGA